GCUACGAACGUCGUCGUUUACUCGUCGUCGUCGUCUUCUUCCUUCUUCCGCUGGUGGUGUUUCUGAAGCUCCAAUUCUGCAGUUUGUUAUGAUCUAUCGAAGAAAAAUGGCAACUCCGAAGAUCUUGCUUUGUCUCGUGAUAGUUUCGUUGUCUCUUAGCAUCCAUGUCUGUGCCGAUCAGAUCUUCCCAGCUCAUCUAGCUGGAACGUUCAGCCGAAGCAAUCGUGAACCGAAGUACAAAAUUGAAUUCUUCCCUGAAGAUGCGCCGUUUUACCCGGACGAUGACCAGGAAUCUAUGGUUAUGCUUGAUAAGCAUGGACGAAAGCAUUUAUGUUACUUACCUAAGGAGGAAAAAGAAAAGAGCGAUUGGACCUCUUCCCAUCAAAAUGUUAGUAAUGUGAUCAUGGAAACUGAAAAACCCGUCAAACUAAAGACUCCGGAUGAAUUGCUUCAACCGCUGAGUGAUAAAUGCCUUCUCAGACAAGAGGGUUGGUGGUCCUACGAGUUUUGCCAUCUAAGGUCGGUAAGGCAAUUACAUAUUGAGGAUGAUAAUAAGGUUGUCCAAGAGUUCAUCUUGGGAAAUUUCGAUGCAGACGCAACCGCUGCUUUUAACGAAAAUCUACCAGAAGCUUCUACAAUGAAAGAUCCUCGUUCAAGCGAUGCAUCACUGAGGUAUCACUCCCACCUCUUCACCAAUGGAACCAUCUGUGACCUUACAGGCAAGCCUCGAGAAAUCGAGGUGAGGUUCGUGUGCGCUGAAACGAGGGCAAUGGUGACUUCCAUGACCGAACUUUCCACUUGCAAGUAUGCGCUUACAGUUCAGUGUCCAACCUUGUGCAAGCAUCCGCUGUUCCAGCAAGAGAAACCGGUGUGGCAUACGAUUCACUGCAAUGCAGUUGCAGCAGGGGAAGACGAUGCUGCUACAGCUACAAGAACAGAGGAGGAACGACAGCAUCUGGACGAGGAACCCACCAAGAUGAUUACAGAUUCUUGAGAAGUAAACCCUUCUUUUGUCUUUUGAUCCCCACAUUGUGUCUGUGCACUCAGCCAUCAAAGCUUUCUCGCAAUGGAAACUUCAUUAGAAUGUUGCUUGACAAGUAAAAUUAAAACGCUAGAUUUCAA